UCUGAAAAAGAUGAACUUGAAGUACUGUAGAAUAUCGUAUAAUGGGGAAUGUAUAAUAAUAGAUUCUGACAAACUCACUAGCUAAGGCUUAGAGCUGCAGUCGGGAGUAUCCGACUAAGAGACACAAUUCUAAGCUACAGACAGACAGACGGAUAGAAAUAACUAUUGAUUGACUUGACUCAUUAUCCUAACUCGAAAUUCUAUUUUGCGUUUCCCGCCUUUCUUCUAUUGCUCCAUACACAAAACAGUCCUUUUUAAUAGUUUCAAUCCAUAAACAACUUCUAUGAAUAACGCUCAUUACACAGAAAUGAAUAUGGGGUAUUAUAAUGCAGCUAUACGACUCACUUACACAUACAUAUAUAUACUUACUUUCAUGUAAAUGAAAUGCGAUAAUAUUAAAAGACUCAAACUAGGGCAAGGCGCAACAGUAUUGCCGGGAACAGCAGCCAAGGCAGAGCUGAAGCCACUAAGUUACAUAUAUACAUAUACGUAAUACAUAUACAUAUAUAUUCAUAUAUAUCUGUAUAUCCCUAAAGUAUUACGAAAUGCCAUCUGCCAUCGGUCGGGUGUCCACUCGCAUGGUCUGUCCCAAUUGCCAUUUGGAAAUGAUGACGCACAUAGUGAGCAAGGCCACAUAUCGAACUCAUAUGAUAGCGCUCUUCAUGUGCCUUACGUUCCUGUGGCCCUGUGCCAUCUGUCUCUACUGCACGGACUUUUCUCGCAACGUGGAUCAUUAUUGCUCCUUCUGCAAUGCCUUCAUUGGCACCUAUGAAUGAAACUAUAGUAUAUGUAUGUAGUAUGUGUGCAGAUGUAGUAUGUUGUAUGUCAAAUAAGCAUAUGCCCAUCGUAUUGUUGUGUAUGCAACAUCUGAUGUUGCAUAUACCCCACUUAAAGUAAGAGUAUCAUACUCAUCCACAUAGCAAUCCUUUGCUGCUUUGUUUAUACAAUAUCAACCGUAAUAUGAUCGGUCACUUAUGUAUGGACUGGACUGCAGCAUGGGAUCUGCAGCGUAAGCACUAUUACGUUCUCGCCCACGAUGUAGCUUAAGCACUCAAGUGUCUGUGCCUUCUGCAUGUACAUAUAAACAUAAAUAUACACACAUACGGCAUGCUAUAUACUCCCGUUCUGCCGCUGCUGGUAGCGACAGAACUCUUUAUAUAAACAUUAUGUAUUUAGGCUAAGACCAUACUUUUUCAAAUUUAAUAAAGCGAUUCGUAAUGAAAUAUUUUCAUUCUACACAGAUUUUAGCAACAAUAAAGCAAAGAAAUAAGAACAGAUUAAUGCUUUUGAUACUGUAGAAAUCCAUGAUAAUUUAAUAUAAUAAUAUAGUUAACAUAGUUAGGAUGCAUUAUUAUGCAUGAUUAUGAAAUAAUUCUCAAUAAUUUAUGAGUCAUGCAUACAAAGCUUUCUGCGCCCUAA